GCGAAGUGGGGAAAAGGACGGCGCCGCGCAUGCGCCACAUUUAUGUUGUUGUUUGUGGCGGUAAGAUGGCGGCGCUCGGAGACGCCUCAGCUCCGGGGAUGAAUGGGUUAAUACAACAAUUCACAGCAAUAACAGGAGCCACAGAGAGUGUCGGGAAGCAUAUGUUGGAAGCAUGCAACAACAACCUGGAGAUGGCGGUGACCAUGUUCCUGGAUGGAGGCGCAAUAGCAGAGGAGCCCAGCACCAGCUCCAGUUCAGCAGCUUCAAGCAGCAGAGCUCCACCUGAAGAUGAAGUACGAGCACCCAUUCCACAGAAGCAGGACAUAUUGGUGGAACCGGAACCACUGUUUGGAGUGCCAAAGCGAAGACGACCUGCUCGAUCAAUAUUUGAUGGUUUCAGAGACUUCCAAACAGAAACAAUCCGCCAGGAACAGGAGCUGCGUAACGGUGGGACAGUGGAUAAGAAACUUAGCACCCUGGCAGACCUUUUCCGUCCUCCCAUUGAGCUCAUGCACAAAGGCAGCUUUGAGACGGCAAAAGACUGUGGGCAGCUGGAGAACAAGUGGCUAAUGAUCAACAUUCAAAAUGUUCAGGACUUCGCCUGUCAGUGCCUGAACAGAGAUGUUUGGAGUAACGAUGCAGUGAAGACCAUAAUCAGAGAGCACUUCAUUUUCUGGCAGGUUUAUCACGAUAGUGAAGAGGGACAAAGAUACAUUCAGUUUUAUAAGCUGAACAAGUUUCCCUACAUUUCCAUCCUCGACCCCCGGACUGGACAAAAAAUGGUGGAGUGGAACCAGCUAGAUGUGGCAUCGUUCUUGGAGCAAGUGACCGGCUUCCUGGCAGAGCACGGGCAGCUUGACGGGCCAUCCUGCCACGCACCUCCUGCCAAACGGGCUCGCUCUGAGAGUCUGAUAGAUGCCAGUGAAGACAGUCAGCUGGAGGCAGCAAUCCGAGCCUCCCUACAGGAGACCCACUACGAGUCUUCAAAUGUCCCAGAAGUUCCUGAUUCCCCUCGAUCAGAUGACGAAUCGGAUGCAGAACCUUUCUCUGACAGCGAGGGUCCUAUCUCUGUUGAUGGCUCAGACAGUGAAACGCCAGCACCCCAUGAAGAGAAAAGUUCUACCAGCAAGCAUGCUACGGUCCCUUCAGCCACAGUGGCACAGCAGCGUCUACAUCCCGACAGUUCGACUUCCUCCCACAGAAAGUCUCCAUACAAAGAAAACAACCACAGUCACAAGAAAGAGGAGAGCAAAAAGAACCACCUGGAGCCCUCGGCUGCUGGUCCUCGUCAUCCUCAACCUGGCCCAGAUUCAGGGGACAACCACUGUCCCUCGGCAGCAGAAAACGCUGGAGUGGCGAAGACCAGCACCACCAACGCCUCUGACGUGGACUGUCCUGAUGACAAUGGUCCCAAAGCCAGGUUGAUGCUCCGUUACCCAGAUGGACAGAGAGAGCAAAUUUCCUUGUCUUCUAAAGCAAAACUUUUGGCGCUGGUAAGACACGUCCAGUCCAAAGGAUACCCUAAUGAACGCUUCGAACUCGUCACCAACUUUCCUAGAAGGAAGCUUGCCCACUUGGACUAUGACAUCACGCUGCAGGAGGCGGGACUUUGUCCACAGGAGACUGUAUUUGUGCAGGAGAGGAACUAGCCUUUAAUCAGACACACUCACUUUUUGCUCCUCUGUAUCUCUCUGGUAGAUCUCACCCUUUCACCAAUCAUCUGGGACGAUGUUAUUGGCCUUGAUCCCGUAACCUUCUGUUCUCCUGGAAUUAGGCCCUGUUUUUUAUUUUUUUAUAUUUUUUGCCAAGACAACUCGUAGUGGAUGGACUUCUUUCCCCGCCACUCUACUAGUCUGAAUAAUGACAUCUCUACUGACAGCCUAAUCCCUUUGUAGUGCUCUACCACUGGCCAGUAAAGUGUUGCAGACUCCGGCAUUUAAAUGUGAUAUAUUCUGUUCUGAAGCAGGCUGCAGUUCUUUAUGAUCACUCAGGCACAUCAGGAUAGAAUAUAUAUAAUAUAGCUCAUAUUCAACUUAAAAAAACCAAACAAUGGAUCUCAAAUUUAUGAUGAGGCACCAGGGACUUGUAAAAAAUGUCAAGAGUUUAUUUUCUGCUUGUUAUUUCCUGUACCUGGAGAUUUGUUGUUCAUUCUGUCCCUAAAUUUGGUCUCUGACUCGGACAUUGUUUGAACAAUUAUAAUUAUUUGGACAGCAGGGGCACUCAGAAAAAAUGUCUACAAACUACAAACCAAGACAUUUUUCCACCAUCAGUGACACACUUGUGUAGGUCUGAGAGGAUUCGGGCUGAUCUACACAUUUUUAUUCAAGUUUCUAUUAGAGACUAGUAGAUUGUUUUUUGGAUUUCAACUUUUGAUACAGAAAGGAAUCAAUGAAGGGUGGUCUCAUCAGUCGGACCUACACUGUACAGAGAUGGCUUAGAGAGACUGGUAUUUAGCUGUAGUCUUUGUUUCUUUUCUGUUUUUUUAUAUGCUGCCAAGAAAAUAUGCUGAUGUUGAAAUAUAACCACCAAAACAAAGGGAGAUUCUGCUUGGUCUUUUGUUAAUUUACUUUACUCUAAUUAACUGGUUAUUGAAAGAAACCUCAUAACUUCAGUGUCACUUACGUUAAAAAACCAAAGCAUUAAUAAAACUAUGGCGUUCAGUAGAGCGUGUACCUCCACCAAGGCCCAACAGUCCCCUUAAACUGAAACGUCUUAAAGCCACACACUGGUGACGGUUACAGGUUUCUAGCCCUAUUCAUUUCCAUACUGCAGCUGAAAAAGCCCCCGAUGAAACCACAUCUAUAUUCACAAGAUCCAGAUUUUUAUAAAGAGCUGCGAAAUGUUGUAAAAACACUGAUAUGGCAAAUUUUUUCAUGCAUUAUUUUCAGUACUGGCCAGUAGCGGUUGAAUGCUAACAUUAGCUGUUGUCUCAUGUUAGCUAUAGAGCUAUUAAAUAUAUCGUUCAA